GAGUCGGUCGUAGAAAAGUUACUUAGCAACUGGAUGUCGCUGUGUCUGUACAAGUAUUUGAAGGAUCAUGCCGGCUCUCCUCUGUUUAUGUUAUACAAAGCAAUAAAGCUACAGGCGGAGAAGGGACCAGUUGAUUACGUGACAGGAGAUGCCAGAUACUCUCUGUCCGAGGAUAAACUGCUUAGAGAGAAAAUAGAGCCCAAAGUGAUGACACUCAAUGUGGAGCAUAAUGGCGAGAUCAGCCAGUGCCGUGUCCUCGACUGUGAUACCGUAACCCAGGCCAAGGAAAAGAUGCUGGACAUGCUGUGUAGAAACGUUCCCUUCUCACAGCGGCCGUCCGUACAAGAUUUAGAUCUAGAGUGGAGAAAUGGUCCCACAGGUCCCGUUCUGCUCCAAGAUGAGGAGUCUACCACUCCCUGCAAGGAUGGCUGGCGCCGUUAUAACAUGCUGUCAUAUUACAAAGUAACAGAUGGCGCUUACAUGUCUCUGCUGCACCGGCAGCAAACCAUCAAGUCUUUGAAUGGUUCAUUAGAUAACACUGUUAUGUCUGUGAAUUCAGCCUUCCCCAUCAUGAAGAUGGACAACGACCCCGGCACCCGCCAUUGGCAUCUUGCCAAGCAUGAUGAUGCCACACAGAAGGAUGGGGGGGUCAAAAUGAUUUCUGAAAUCUUCCUUACCAGACUUUUGUCCACAAAGGGAACACUACAAAAGUACAUCGAUGAUUUAUUCAAGGCAAUGUUGAGCACCAAUCAUACAAUGCCGCCCAUCAUUAAGUACCUGUUCGACUUCUUGGACCAGUCAGCUGGGCAUUACGGGCUGACAGAUCCUGAUGUGGUACACACGUGGAAAUGUAACAGCUUGCCUUUGAGGUUCUGGGUGAACAUCGUGAAGAAUCCAGACUUCGUGUUUGACAUCAAUAAGCCCCAUAUUGUAGACUCAUGUCUCUCAGUGGUGGCACAGACUUUCAUGGAUAGUUGCUCCACCUCAGAACACAGACUGGGAAAGGACUCUCCAUCCAACAAGCUGCUGUUUGCCAAAGAUAUCGUCCACUACCGCAAGUCUGUAGAAAAAUACUUCCAGGACAUCCGGGAUCAGCCGGCAGUCAGUGAUCAGGACAUGAACUCCUUCCUGGCGGAAGUGUCUCGGAUGUGUACAGGGAAGUUCUAUAUAUCCAGUGCUUUGAGGGAGUUGUAUUCUUACGUGUCCAAGUAUCAUUCAGAGAUCUUAAAUGCUCUUGAUGUGGACAACCAAGCAAGUGCUCAGCAGCUGUCAAUGAGACUGGAGCAGGUCAUCACUAACAUGGAGGGGCCAUCCAACAAGACAGCGUACGUGUGAUGGCGACACACACACAUGCACACACUCUAGUCCGUCUUCUUUCGCUGGCCUGCUCUGCUCCUCUCAUCGGAAUGCAUUCUACAAUCUAGAGGAAUAGACCCCAGAUACACUGACACAGAUCCUUGUGAACAUGAUGAAGAUUAGUGUAGUGUUUGAGGAUGAUUGAGACAUUCGGAAACUAUAGAACUAGAGAAUCCGUUUGACGGAUUACUUUGAAUAUCUGUGAGUUUGUAUGUUGUGACUGAGAGGGAAAUGUGAAUCAUACAGACAAUGGUAUUGAGAAGAUCGGUGCGAUCCUACUGAAUACGUUUAGGAGAAGUCUUCUCUGAAGGAUCCGAUUAUCAAAUAUAAGAAUAAUUGCCAGUUAUUGAACAGAUUGUGCUUUCUAUGGUUUCCUGAAUCCACUGUCACUGUCACAGCAGAUUCCCCUAGACCAGGGGCUGAUAUUGCUCCUUCAUCUGUGAUGGAGGUUCAUCGUUGGAUCAUCGUAAUGUUGUGAGAUGGAUGCUAGACCACGGCUAGCUGUAGAGACCAAUGACGGAACUAACACACUGGCUGAUUUGUGAUGGUGCUAUGAUAUUGCCACGCUCCUGACCAAAUGUCUUUCAAUUUUUUUUUUGCCUGGAUAAUAUUUCAACAUUGAGAUUAGGGGAUGCAGUUUUUGGGAUUUACAUGAGAGAAAGACACAGUCUUGCCUUCUGAGCCAUGUAGCCGUAGGCCCCAUAAGUACCUUCUGUGGAUGAAGAACGUUCGUGUGUUGUAUAUUCGCCGUCAUAAGUGAAUCCUGUUUCUGCAACAUCAAGGUGCUAUAUGGAGGCUGCCUGGAGAUGGACAACAAUAUGGCCGCCUCUCAUCUUCGUGGUUCUCUCAACCACAGGUGCUUCUGAACGAAACGGUAAUGGCCUGGCUGAUAGUCCUGUCGACUCCUUUCUUCUGUGGAGGUGUUUCUUCUGGAGAUGAUGCUGUCAGAUAGAUAUCUACAGCCCAAUGUUCACGAUUUGCAGGAAUAAACAUACUGGCCGUUCCAUCUUUUCUACAAGCUCCUGUGAGGAAAGGAUGGACCAUGGCAGAUUCUGAUGUACUGUGAAACAGUAGUAUAAUUAUCAUAUCACUUUAACAUUGACUUUGUGGUGAGAUUGUAGACAAUCAUUGUAGACCGCUGUUAGAGGACAUCGUAAGUGCCAGACAAAUAGAUUAAUAUAUACUGACUGGAAAGAGACUUACAAAUGUAGUGUUACUUGUGCGACCUUCAACUACCAGUGUGAACUAGGCAGUGGUAGAAAGACAGCUUUGUACAACUAACUUUGGACUAACUGUUUGGAUGUAUUAUUACGCUCUUCAACCAAGAUGAGAUGGCAUUUCAGGAAAAGCAGGACUGUCUGACCACAAGGUUUUGUUGUCAAUAUGGAGUGGCCCAGCGGUUAAAGCUUUGGCGCCAAAGUCCUGGGUUUGAAUCCAAAUGGUUACAAUGUAUAAAGUUCAUGUUUGGUUAAAAAAAAUAUGCUGGUAAAAAUCUGACGUGUAAUGUCGACUUAUUGUUUGAAAAAUGUUUUAGUCAUAAAAAAAACCUUGGAUUAUGUUUAAUGUCAAAGCGAUCUUUAUCGUCAGUGGUAUAAAAGAAAGUCUUGUCAAAGAAAUACCAUCCCAUCUUUGGUGAAGAGUUCUGACACAAGUCUCCUGGACACUGUUAGAGCAAUAUGUCUAUGUAUAUCAGACAGAACAGCCACAAGUAGCUUCAUCGUGACCUCCUCAUCUCCAUCACUUUAUGCAACAAUGCCGACAUUCCCAAAGGUGCCCUAGCAAGUGACUGGCGGAGACGUCAGUUUAAGACUGUGUGACAUCAUAACCACUUGUAUCCUUGUAUCUAUGCAUGUAGACAUGUAGUUCACGUCUAGGCACAUGUUGGCUCCGUUGUUCUGGGUUAGCAGGAACCAGUUGCACCGCAAGUCUCCCUCACCAUCCUCUAGAUUGGUCACACUGUUCAUUAUAAAUCAUAUUGCUUUACUUAUCAGUUUGUUGCACUGUUAUAUGGAUUCUGAGAUACUACCGACCUGCUUGUUAAUCAAAACAAGACUUUGUUAUUUCAUGAUUGGUACUUUUUGCACAAUUAACCGCUGUAUAAUUUAGCCUACACACUAGUGGCCGAGUUCUCCCUUCAUGGUAAAUUUGAAAAAAAUAUUACUUUAUAAUGAAUCUAGAUUGUUUGGAUUCUUAUGAAAGUACAUUUUCUCCUCUUUCAGAUGAAUGGUUACACUUGUUAAAAAUUUAAAUGAAAUUUAAUUUUGUUGAAUAUGUUGAAUGAAGGGAGAAUCUGCCUUUUUCACCACCAUGAGAUUAUGCACUGUAUUGUUGAGCUAACUCCCCAAAGACUUAUGCAAAUGACCAGUAUUAUCUGCAUACUCCCCAGCUCAAAGUCCCCCACUUCUGGAACUGUGGCAAAUCUUACCAGGCAUGUAGCACUUUUAGAACCAGUUUACCAUUUCCACCAAGCUUGGCUGUUGUCAUCAAACUUUACAAAUUCAGCUAAUUCCUGUUUGAAGAUACAGUGACGCCUGUGCAAACUGACAUCUGUGUACUCCAUGUGGAAUAAGGGGUGGUGGGGUAGCCUUAUGGUCGAAGCGUUCGCUCAUCACACUGAAGGCCUCGGUUCCAUUUCCGACAUGGGCAAAUUAUGUGAUGCCAUUGUGGUGUUCCAAGCCAUAAUAUUGCUGGAAUAUUUGUUAAAAGUGGCAUCAAACCAUACUCACUCACUCAUUGAUCUGACAAAACAAUUUCGUCAAAUUGCUUGAGUCAUUACUCUUUUGCGUAACAGUACUGAGUUGAGCAUUGGCUGCCUGAACCAAAAAAUCUUGGACUCCGUUCCAAACUCGAUCGGUUUCUUGCUGCCAUCAUAUGGCUGGAGUGAGGUUGUUGCCGGUAGGGCAGGACUCCCUUACUGUAUUCAUGAACACCAGGUGUCAUCACUUACAUCCACUGAUCUAUCCAUAUAAUUUUCAUCACUAAUUUGUCUAUUACGCCAGUGGAAUCUGUUCUGGCAGAUAAUUGGGACUGAUUCGUCUCUGGUGUUGGCUUUCUGAAUUGGACGCAAACAGAUGUCAGUUUAUGCAGGCUCCACUCUAGACAGCAUUAUGUGUGAUAGCUCAUCAAAGACUCCACAUCAGUUCACACUACCCUGAGCAGGUUAGCCCCAGUUUCUGUCGGAGCAUUGUAUACUUAUAUAUACAUAUACAUAUAUAUAUUUUGUAUAUUCUCAUGGAACCAUCUGUAUAUGCCCAUUAUGACUUGCCUAAAUCUUGUAAAUACCACUAAUCCGUCAUAACUUUAUUGUUACUAAACAUUUUUAUCAUUAAGAAUUUGCCCUCUUGUAUUGGAGUUUCUGAAUCUAUCUUGUACAUUUUGCUCUGAGUGUAAAGCUCUGUACAUCAGCCCGACUUACUCUGACAAAAUGUGCUUUGUUCAAGAAAUGAGAAAGACGUGUUAAAGAAAAUCUUUAGCGUGUUUGUGUUUUAUUUAUUACUAUUUUCAUAAUAACACGAGGACCAUUGGACUAAUUUAUGUCAUUAAAUUAAUUUCUUUAAUGAAUUAUGUUAGUUUAAUUUAAUUGUCAAAUGUCAGGUGAUCUUACGAUUGUUGUUAUUUACUUUGAUACUGACAUUGGUGUACACUUUCAUAUUCUCAUUGCCAUAACCAGUGUAGGAUGUUGUCAUGGUAUAUUGAUUUGUAAUUCUAUCUUAUUUAUUAAUCAGCCAAAUUCAGAUAGGGAGUUUAUCCCUGAUAAAGAGUCCCCUGUUUGAGUUUUUGUUCUCAAAUCAAAGAGUUUGUAUUGGCAUAUAUUUUGUCAGAUAUAUUGAGAUUUUGUUACACCUAACCAAAGGAUCUUGAAAGCCUCUGAUAUUAGUGCUUUUUAAAAACGGAUUUGCAUUGAGAAGAUUCUCAUAAUAUACCUUUGCUAUCAAAGCGUGCAGUUUUGAAAUGUAUGUUUCCUCUGAAACUGCAUCUUUUGUAUGUUGACAUGGUUUUACAAUAUUUGAAGGUUCAUUCCAUAGUAUACUGAUGACAUGUAUGCUACGAUGUUAGCUUGGCUGUAUGUGUGUGGAGAACUGGUCAAGAGGGUCUGCCUCUCAUGUACUUCCAAUGUCAAUAAAUAAUUCAUUUUGUACAAAUUAA